ACGCCAUCAUAUCAUCGAAAUCGAAUUUAUCCUCGCCUAAUCUCUCUUCUCAGACCAGCAUUAACGCUGAUCCUUAGUAGAGUUUUAAGGUAAAAAAGUGAUUUAAAUAAAAGGAAAAGAAAAUGAAACAGGAAUUAUCGAUCCUUAAUUAGAGAGUUUGGUUACCGAUUAUAACUGGAGUUUUAUACACACGUGUCCCCAUUAUGUGUUUUUUUUUUUAAUUUUUCUUUCUUUCGUUCUUUCUUCUCUCCUCUCACUUCUUGUCUUCUCGUGUUCUCCGUCCAAAGAAAGUCGAAACCGACGAUUGAUCCAAACCCACCACCGAUCUUUCACACAGAUCCUCACACCGAUCCUCCAUACUGAUCCUCCGUCUCGCGUUCGUUUUCGUCUUCUCCUCUUCUCCGUGACGGAGGAGGGAUCGAAACCCAUCACGAAGACGACGAUUCUCCCGCUCUUCAUGGCGUCUCCUCCGUCUUCUCCGUCUUCUCCACCGAUCGAAACCCAUCACCAAGGAUAACGCUUCUUUUGUUCCGUCACAAGAAGGUUCCAAUCCCACCACAGACGACGUCUCUCUCUGUCCUGAAGGCGCCUCCUCCGUCGCUUCUCGUGUUCUCCGGCAGAAGAACGAUGCAAACCCACCACGGACGAUGACUGUCUCGGUCCUCACGGCGUCUCCUCCGACUCUCGGUCCUCACGGCUUCUCCUCCGACGAGUGUCUCGGUCCUCACUGAGAUCACUUCCCAAGUAAUUAACUUUCUCACUUCAUUCAUCUUAAUUAGUGUUAUAAAGAUUAUUUAGCUAGCUUAAGGAUCAAGUCUUGGCUAUGUUUUUUAGCUUAGGCUCUGUAUUUAAGUUUGUCUCAUAUCAGUGGUUAGCAAUAACAUAAGUGAGUGUGUUGAAGUUGGAUCAUGGUCUAAGUUCAUUGCGUUUGCUCAUUUUGACAGGGUUGAGGCGAUGUGAACAGGUUUACACAUCCAGUUCUUGCAUUAACCAAACACAACUUGAGAUUGUCGUUGAGAGAGAAAGAAGUCACGAGCUUUGUAUGUGAGAGGACAAGACAAAAGAAGUCAGGAGACAGAGUUUUGUAUGUUUGUAUGCAAGUUGAAGUCACGAGCUUUGUAUGUUUUGUAUGUCCGUGUCACGCGUUUUGGUUGUUUCUGUCACGAGUUUUGUGCGUUUUGUGUCACGAGUGUAUGGUUAACAAGUGUAUGUGUCACGAGUGUUGGUUGUGUAACUCUUCUCUGCUGCUCUAUAUAAAGCAUUGCAAUGCAUUUCAUUAUUUUCACUCUACUCUCAUCAUCACAUUCCUUUCGUUCUUAUCAUAAUCACGAACUCUCAUCAUCACAUUUCUUCCGUUCUUAUCAUAAUCACAAAAACGUUUCACUCUACUCUCAUCAUCACAUUUCAUUGUUUUUUAUCUUGUCUUACAUUGAUCACCAAAAAAAUAAAGUUUUUCCUCAUCCUUCAAGUUAUAAAGUCUUCUCUUCGACCACAAAUUUUUCACGUUCACAAAAAAAAGAAAAAAAAAUCUAUGGCUUCUUCUUCACAUAACACUUCUGAGGGAGUAGAUGAUUUUGAUCAAUAUUUUGAUCAAUAUUGCGAUCAAUAUUUUGAUCAAUAUUUUGAUCAAACGUUCGAGGAUAUGUGCAUAAAUCAUGGUGAUCAAGAAGAUACAAGGAAAAAAAGAAAAAAACGAGUCUACAUCGAAAGAAAUCGUGAAGAAGGCAAUGUGCGUUUAUGGAAUGAUUAUUUCAGUGAAACUCCAACAUAUCCUCAAAAUCUAUUCCGACGACGAUUUAGAAUGGACAAGCCAUUGUUCACGCGUAUUGUUGAUCGACUCUCCAAUGAAGUUGAAUUCUUUCGACAAAAGAAUGAUGCUCUCAGAAGGUCUAGUCUCUCUCCACUUCAAAAGUGUACAGCAGCCAUUCGAGUCUUGGCAUAUGGUACUGCGGCUGAUGCUGUUGACGAAUACCUCCGACUUGGUGAAACUACUACUCGGUCACUUGUCGAACAUUUUGUGGAAGGAAUAAUUUAUUUAUUCGGUGAUGAGUACCUACGAAGACCAACACCGCCUGAUCUUCAACGUCUACUUCAAGUUGGUGAGUUCCGUGGAUUUCCCGGGAUGAUAGGAAGCAUCGAUUGUAUGCAUUGGGAGUGGAAGAAUUGUCCCACCGCUUGGAAAGGGCAAUAUACACGUGGUUCGGGAAAACCCACAAUUGUUUUAGAGGCGGUUGCUUCGUAUGAUCUAUGGAUAUGGCAUGCGUUUUUCGGACCUCCAGGUACAUUAAAUGAUAUCAAUGUUCUUGAACGCUCACCUGUUUUUGAUGACAUAAUAAAAGGUCAAGCUCCGCAAGUCACUUUCUAUGUCAAUGGAAGCGAGUAUAAUUUGGCUUACUAUCUCACCGACGGUAUUUAUCCGAAAUGGGUAACUUUUAUCCAAUCUAUUCCAAUGCCACAAGGGCCGAAAGCGGUUUUAUUUGCUCAACAUCAAGAAGCUGUCUGAAAAGAUGUCGAGCGUGCUUUUGGAGUCUUGCAAGCUCGUUUUGCCAUUGUUAAAAAUCCCGCGCUUUUUUGGGAUAAAGCCAAAAUUGGGAAGAUUAUGAGAGCAUGUAUCAUACUCCAUAAUAUGAUCGUCGAAGACGAGCGAGAUGGAUAUACCCUAGUUAAUGUUUCAGAGUUCCAAGCAGGAGAAGACACCGGAAGUUCACAUGUCGAUCUCGAUUAUUCUACAGAUAUGCCUACAAAUAUCGCUAAUAUGUUAGGUGUUCGAACCAGAAUUCGUGAUAGACAAAUGCAUCAACAACUCAAAGCUGAUUUGGUUGAACAUUUAUGGAGUAAAUUUGGACAUGACAAAGACAACAACUGAGUUCGGAAUGUUUCUUUCAAAUUAUUCUCGUUUAUUUUAGUAAUCCUGUUUUUAAAAAAAAAAAAUUUAAAAUGUAUGUUUAAAAUGUUCUAUUUUAUUAAGUUUUAUCUUUCAAAAAAAAAAUUUAUCUUUCAAAAAAAAAAUUAAGAACCCCUAACUAAGAAACUACCAUUGGAGCACAUAUUUCUAAUAGUUUCUUAGCUAAAGUU